UAGAGAAGCAGCUUAGGAAACAGGUGAUCUAAAUCCAUCUUCAGCAAUGAAGCAGAUGUGAAUGAAGACUUCCAUGUGCCAGUUGAAACAAUGACUCCAAAAUCAACAGUUCACAUGGUAGUGUGCUUUCUUCAGCUCUGCAUUGUAAAGGGGCAGAUCAUAUGUGAGAGGCAAAUAAUUGCUGAAUGGCGAGUGGAACCAAAACCUGUCGUAAUGGAAUGGACACUAAGGAAAAAUGUAUGCACAGACUUUCACACGGAAUGCUGGAAUAUGAAUAAAAAUACUACUGGGGAAGACAAAAAUCUCAGUGUCCCUCAGAUAUGCCCUGUACAGCUUCAGUUAGGUGACAGUCUCUUCAUCUCUUCUGAGCCAUCUUUUCAGUCCUAUGGAAUGAAUUUGGUAAAUGUCUCCAAGGAGGAAUUUAUUAAUUGCCCUAAAACUGGCUUUCUUCAAGAGCAGCAGGUUUUUGUCUGCCAGAUAAGAGGACUGCACCAAGUUGACCCUACCUGGCUUGGUGUUGGAACUCACUACUUUGCGGAGCUACAUAGGAGAGGCCCACACCUGUGCAACAUGGGCCUUCGUCUGAACGUAACUGUGAAGCAGCAGUUUUGUCAGCAGUCUCCAAAUGCACCACUGUGUUCCAAGCAUGGAAGAUGUUUAAGCCAUGUUUGGGAAAAACAGUAUAGUUGCCAUUGUUUCGCACAGUAUUCUGGAAAAUUCUGCCAGAAGUUUAAUGUGUGCUCCACUAAACCUUGCCAUAACAAUGCCUCUUGUACUGAGAAAUCAGAAGGUACCAGAAAUUUGUACGAAUGCACUUGUCCUCCAGAGUUUUCAGGUAAAAAUUGUACAGAAAUAGUUGGACAAUGCCAGCCACAUACGUGUUUCAAUGGUAACUGCAGCAAUGUUACUCCAAACACCUUUCUUUGUGAAUGUGACAAGGGCUUUACAGUGUUUUCUGAAUUGCUGGCUGCCCAAGAAGGCUUUCCAAUGUCCAGGGAUCUGCUUGUCUCAUUAAAUAAUGAUGUAUAUCAAAUUCGGACUCAGGAAAUUGAAAUAUACCUAAAGGUUAUUGGAGAUUAA